AUGUCAAGUGGCAAUUCCAACCGUGUUGCUAAUAUACCCCAGCUCUCCCCUCACCCCAAGUAUACUCUGACUGGCGCCGACUUUUUUGUCCUGAUUGAAACCACCCUAUUUUCUUUCCAUUACUACUUCAUCGAGAGGGAUACUACGUCGUUCCUCCCGCCGCCGAAAACAACCCUCAAACCUGGAGAGAAGCGCAAGAAUGAAUGGAACUCACAGCAAAGGGCGCUCGUACUGACCGACCAAGACGUUACGGUGGAGGAUUUCGAGAAUUUCUUGUGGAUUUGGUAUAACGAUACCCACAACAUUUACGAUGCCCCACUAAUCACCUGGGUGGGUAUCCUGAAACUUGCAACCCGCUGGGGCUGCAAGGAAAUGACCCGUCUCGCCCUAUCAGAAGUGAAUAGCGCCCCAAAGGAUUACCGCCUCCGUCUGUGGACACGCCUCGCAAUGCGAGAAACUGCACCCAGCGAAGAGGAAGAGAAAAUACUUAGUCCGAAGGCUGUUUGCAAGGUUUUCCGCAUGCGUGAGGAAGUUCGCUCUCCGGGAGGGAGGAGCCCUGUCCCUGACGGCGUCGACGUGGAGGAGGCUACCUCAAUUGUUGCGGGGUUCUUGGACUGGGAGUACACUCGCCCUGCAACUAGCUCUGGUGGGUCCUACCAAUGA